UCAAUAUAUCGUCCUAUCGAUAGCAAAGUGCUUAUCACAAGAAGCCCAGUUAAUACGUGUCCACAAUCCUGACAGCACAAAAUGGCUGAACACCGCGCAGGAAAAGCCGGCAUUAACGCUGAAGCCCAAGCGAGGAUCAACAGUAAAUACAGUGAUGAUAUCGCCACCGAAACCUUAGAAUGGGUUAAACAGAUCACAGAUGAACCAAUAAACACUGCCGGAGAUGCAGACAACCUCUACGAAACACUAAAAGAUGGAACACUGCUUUGUAAAUUAGUCAACAAAUUUCAGGAGGGCCUGGUCAAGAAGGUGAACAAGUCAACUAUGGCUUUCAAAUGCAUGGAAAAUAUUAACGCGUUCUUGGAAGCAGCUGUUAAGUUGGGUGUGCCGCCACAGGAGACAUUCCAAACGAUUGAUCUUUGGGAGAAGCAGAAUUUGUAUUCCGUCAUAAUAUGUCUACAGUCUUUGGGUAGGAAGGCUGGUAAUUAUAAUCUGCCUGCGUUCGGUCCUAAGGAAGCGGAUAAGAAUGUUCGAGACUUCUCCGAAGAACAGUUGAAGGCUGGACAACAUGUCAUCUCCCUCCAAUACGGCACUAACAAGGGUCAACAAUCGGGAAUUUCUUUUGGUAAUAGGCGUCAAAUGUAGCCAUUGUUUAUGAGAGCAUUUGUAUUUAUUGAAUAAACUUUUUUAAUUUUGCA